AUGCGUCCUCCCGACCAGAAGUUCGCCGUGCCAGACGGCGCCGUGGCGCGGCUACGAAUCAUCGACACGACCACCAAGAUCAAGGGCCUCCCCCUCGACUACCUCAUGACCCCAGCAAUGCCGGGCAUGGACGUCCUGCCCGAAGCGCCUACGUGGUCGUUCCUCGUGGAGAGUGACACUGGCCGCAAAGCGCUGUUCGACCUGGGCGUCCCGCCGAAUUGGAGAGAGUUUUCGCCCGUCGUGGCCACCCCGCUGCAGACGCGAGGCUGGGGAGAGCCUUCAGGCGAGAAGCACGUGGCUGAUAUCCUGGCGGAGGAGGGCGUUGAUCUGUCCAGCAUUAACAGUAUUAUUUGGAGUCACUGGCACUACGAUCAUAUAGGCGAUCCGUCCACGUUCCCUCCGUCGACAGAGCUGAUCGUCGGUUCGGGGUUCAAAGAGGCGUUCUAUCCAGGCUGGCCGGCCAGACAAGACUCUCCCGUAAGGGAGAGUGAUUUUGCAGGCCGAAACCUCCGUGAAAUUACCUUCUCAGAACCCAAUGCCCUCCAAAUCGGCCCUUUCCCCGCCUACGACCUCUUCGGCGACGGAUCGUUCUACCUCCUCGACACCCCUGGCCACGCCAUCGGCCAUCUAGCCGGCCUAGUCCGCACCACGCCUGACACCUUCGUCAUGAUGGGCGGCGACCUGUGCCACCACGGCGGCGAGCUGCGUCCGUCCGAGAUGAUGCCUCUGCCUGCGCAAAUACACCUACCGUCGCUGAGCCUGACUCCUGGCUGUGCGUGCAUAUGUCCCGGCUCAGCCUUCCAGCACAUCCAAGGGACACGAGGCCGCAAGGCGAACGAGCCCUUCUUCGACCCCGCCAUCGGUUAUGAUAUCCCCGAGACGAUCCGGACGAUCAAGAAGGUUCAAGGCGCGGAUGCAGCGGAGAAUAUCUUCUUCAUCUACGCGCACGAUACGUCCAUUCGGGGAGUCGUCGAUCUGUUCCCUGCCACUGCGAACGAGUGGAAGGCCAAAGAGUGGCGGGAAAAGGCGUUCUGGAGAUUUCUCGAGGACUUCUGCGGUGCCUUGCCCUCGCCCUUGUCCUUAAAGAGGGUCCCAGCGGGACAGUAG